AUGUCGUCGAGCGCAGGUCACAGUCUCCCUCACCGGGCUGUGUCCAGCAUACGUGCCGGCGACCGCACAUCAACUCAGGCACUUCCAGCUACGCCUCAUACCCCUCCACGAGCUUCCGUUGUUCCCUCCGCCUUCGGGUCCCCCUCUACCUUGCGCGCCGACGAUGAAGUUUUAGUUGUUGAGUUGGGAUCACGAAAAUUACGUAUUGGCUUUGGGGGUGAUGCCGCCCCCAAGAAGAUUGCGUCGUUUGGCCCAGAGCAGCAGAGGCGUGCCGGAGACUUUAGGGCUUGGGAAGCUGGUUAUCAUGACGACUGGCGUCAUAGGGCUGCCGGAAAGCCUUGGGGAUCAGAUUACGAGUUAUGGCAGUUGGAUUUAAGAGGGAAAGAUCUGGGUCUUGUCGGGGAUAAGCUCGAACGUGAGCUUAGGGAGGCUUUCACCAAAUUUCUACUUAUUGAUUCCCGCCCAAGGAGAAUAAGUCUUGUUUUACCACCCACGCUGCCCAUACCAUUAAUAUCUUCAGUUUUCGAUACCAUCUUUACUCGCUUCCAGAUCCCAUCCAUAUCCCUUCUUUCGUCGCCUGUCAUGUCCGCCAUGGCAGCAGGUACUAGAUCAGCUCUGGUCAUCAACCUUGGCUGGCAUGAGACGACUGUCACUUCUGUUUACGAGUUUAGAGAGGUGUAUACUUGGAGGACUAUCAGAGCCGGCAAGCUCUUGGUGGAGGAAACGUACCAGUUUCUAACCAAUAUUAUUCAAGGACGACCAGCCACUGCGCGCGCCGAGCGUACAGAGUAUAAAUUGGAGGACAACGUUGUAAGCUUCGAGGAAUGCGAGGAAUUCGCAACCCGCAUGCUAUGGUGUAAAAGGGCCGUAAAUCAGUUAUCACAGGAUACCACCGAGGGUCUCCCAACCCUUCACGAGCAGGACGAGUCCGAAACAGUAGCGCCAGCAGACGACCGCGUGCCUGUCGCAGUGGAACUCAACUCUUGUAAGCCUCCAAAGACGGUGGAAAUUCCGUUUGCGGAGCUAGCCGAACCUUGCGAGACAGUCUUUUUCGAACCUAACCUUUCAACUUCUUGCUUUGAUGACCAUGAGCUUCCCGUGGCUCUAUUAGCUUACCGGGCUCUAUUGCAGCUGCCAUUGGAUGUCCGUGCAGUGUGCAUGGCGCGCAUUAUAUUCACGGGUGGCUGUUCCAACAUUAUCGGACUUAAGGGACGCAUUUUUGACGAGGUAUCGCUCUUGGCCAAGGAGAGAGGGUGGGAUCCGGUUAGAGGAAAGGCAUAUGACCAAUAUAAAGCAAACCCAAAUCUACGUCGGAGCAGUAGUCGACAAUCUGGUGAAGGUCCUACUCCCACGGUAGUUCUAACCGAAAGUGGUAGUGGUACAGAAGAAGCAGAGACAACACGACCUAUUAAUCCAGCAUAUGCACCCCCUGAUAUCGAUCAUGUAGAGGAUGCUAUAAAAAAGGAGAGAAACUAUAAGCCGGCUGUACAAGGCACGCUUCGGGUAAUAGACUCCCUAGGUGCUUGGUGCGGAGCAAGCUUAGCAGCUCAGCUCAAGGUGCCGGCUUUGGCCACAGUCGAGCGCGAAUAUUGGCUUCAACAAGGUGUUAAUGGUGCAUGUCGACCUAACGAAGUAGAUGUUAAGGCGCAACAGAGGCAGAGCAUGGGAGCUGGGGGAUUGGUUAGAGGCCAAGCCUCACAGGCUACCGGCGGUUGGACUCUGGGAAUAUGGGGAGCUAUUUAA